CCGUUCAGCUCGUCUGGACACACACACGUGUGAAUCGGUCUCAGUUUACAUGGUAAAAAUAGUGCUCGGUCUCCUACAGAUUAUCGUUCGAGCUCGACAAAUAUGCCGGAAUUAACUGAACUCGACAAAGCUGCAAGCUCUGAACCUACCAAGGUCGAAGCGACAGCUGCAGGAUCUGGAACUGAUUCAGAUUCAGAUGAUACCAUGCCAGAAUUGGACGAUGCAGGAACUGGUGGUACCGUGGGUUUCCCAGGUACGACUGUCACUGGUCUUCCCAUUGAUGUGGUUUCUAAAGCAAAACAGAGUCGAGGAGAAAAAAAGGCCAGGAAGCUUAUGAGCAAGUUAGGUUUGAAACCUGUUCAAGGAGUUAACAGAGUAACUAUUCGUAAAUCAAAGAACAUUCUGUUUGUAAUCAAUAAACCAGAUGUGUUGAAGAAUCCAGCGUCAGAUACUUACAUAGUAUUUGGCGAAGCUAAGGUAAAAUACAGUUGAUAAUGUAUACAAAGAAAUGUAGGAAAAGUAAUGAUCCAUUAUGAGUUUCGUAUGCCUAUGCUG